UGCCGCGCGUGAAUACGACGUCGUUAUCGAGUAAAGUGCGUCUCUUUGGAGCAGAUACCGGCUGAGGGAGACGCAGCAUCAGAAGAACGGGCUAUAUAUAGAUCGACGCCCGCUUUCCUACCCGGACCUUCCGAGCACCGCACGUCCCCGCCGGCGUACCGAACUCGCCCGGAUAGCCCGAUGUGGACGCUGAGCUAAGUGAAGAAAGGGCCACGCCGGGGCAGGCAACUCGCUGAAUUACCGAAGCCGAGCUCGUCGGGAGUAGCCUAGUCGCCUCCCAAAGCGACGCUUACACAAAAAGAAAAAACGAAGAAGUAAGGGGACGACGCGUUUAAGGCCCUUAACAGCGGUGGGGAAAAAUGGACUAUGAUUUCAAAGUGAAGCUGACCGGAGAGCGAGAGCGAGUCGAGGACCUGUUUGAGUACGAAGGAUGCAAAGUGGGCAGAGGCACCUACGGUCAUGUUUUCAAGGCGAAGAGAAAAGAUGGGAAGGACGAUAAGGACUACGCCCUCAAGCAGAUCGAGGGCACCGGCAUCUCAAUGUCAGCCUGCAGAGAAAUCGCACUCCUGCGAGAGCUCAAGCACCCCAACGUCAUCUCGCUGCAGAAGGUUUUCUUGUCGCACGCCGACCGCAAAGUGUGGCUGCUCUUCGACUACGCCGAGCACGACCUCUGGCACAUCAUUAAGUUCCACCGAGCGUCCAAGGCCAACAAGAAGCCACUUCAGCUUCCCCGAGGGAUGGUCAAGUCUCUGCUCUACCAGAUCUUGGACGGCAUCCAUUACCUCCACGCAAACUGGGUCCUCCACAGAGACCUUAAACCAGCUAAUAUUUUAGUGAUGGGCGAAGGACCCGAGAGGGGGAGAGUAAAGAUAGCUGACAUGGGUUUCGCACGUCUCUUCAAUUCACCGCUGAAGCCUUUAGCCGAUCUCGACCCGGUGGUCGUCACAUUCUGGUAUCGAGCACCCGAACUGCUGCUGGGGGCCCGGCACUACACCAAAGCCAUCGACAUUUGGGCAAUAGGCUGCAUAUUCGCCGAGCUGCUCACGUCCGAGCCCAUAUUCCACUGUCGGCAAGAGGACAUCAAGACCAGUAACCCUUACCAUCACGACCAGCUGGACCGCAUCUUCAAUGUCAUGGGCUUCCCCGCUGAUAAAGACUGGGAGGACAUCAAAAAGAUGCCUGAGCACUCCACACUGAUGAAAGACUUUAGGAGGAACACGUACACAAACUGCAGCCUUAUAAAGUACAUGGAGAAACACAAAGUCAAGCCAGACAGCAAAGCCUUCCAUUUGUUGCAGAAGCUACUGACCAUGGACCCCAUCCGGAGGAUCACGUCGGAGCAGGCCAUGCAGGACCCUUACUUUUUAGAGGAGCCGCUGCCCACGUCCGACGUAUUUGCAGGCUGUCAAAUUCCUUACCCUAAAAGGGAAUUUUUGACAGAAGAGGAGCCGGACGACAAGGCGGACAAAAAGAACCAGCAGCAGCAGCAACAGGGAAACAACCACACAAACGGGGCGGGGCACACCGGCAAUCCUGACAACAGCCACGCCCAGGGCCCGCCUCUGAAGAAAGUGCGCGUGGUCCCGCCCACCACUACCUCAGGCGGCCUCAUCAUGACCUCAGACUACCAGCGCUCCAAUCCACAUGCUGCCUACCAGAACCCUGGACCAAGCACAUCACUGCCCCAAAGCAGCAUGGGAUACUCCUCUACCUCCCAACAGCCUCCGCAGUACUCCCACCAGACCCACCGCUACUGACCGCAUCCGCACGUUGUCACAGCCACACACACACACGACCCCCCCCCAACCCGUUACCCUCAUUACGCCUGCCUGAAAGAAUGUACUGAGGGACGUGGCGCGCCCCCUCUGCUGCGGUCCCCCCUCUUCUUGUGAAGAUUUACAAACAAACAGCCUAGCGCAAAGUGUUAGCCACACUGCUACAUCGCAGAAAGCCAACGAGCGAUGCAACACAGGGACGGGCGACGAGUCCACGCCCACGUGACGUGCCCCCCCCCCCCCGCCUAUGUGCCCACCCCAGCCAGCCGUCACUGUCAAAGCUCAGGACGAGACUGAAAAGCUGCUAUUUGACUGCCAGCGUCGACAGAUUCCACGUCCGUCUGUCCUCCUGUUUGUCUCGUCUCUUUUCUGGCGAGGGCGCCCUCCCCGGGCGAGGACUCUCAACAGAGGUGCUGGGAGAAUGGCGCAAGCCCACGCAACUGUGGUGGAUUUUUUUGUUGUUGUUGUUGUUGUUGUUGUUGCUCCAAAAGGAGAGAGAAAAAGUGACAUAUUGAUUUUAGUAGUUUUUAAUUUAAUCCGUUUUUAAGCAGCUUGACCAGCCCCAUACGUAGAGUGGACAUGAGAAGUCGACACACUUCGACUUUUUAUCUCCACUUGGGCCUUUUCAAAUCCAACCAAUCGCAUGGAGGAAGCCAGAUGGGAAUGCAUUGUACUGUAUUGUAUUGAGAUAUUUUCCAUGAAGCAAGUAUCCUGACAAUAAAAGCGAAAGCAGUCCUAUUUUUGGUUAUGUAAAAAAUAUCGACAUAACUAG